AUGAUCCUCGAUUAUGGCGAGAAUUUCGAGGGCCAUCCUACUUUUGAGGUUGUCUCUGCCUAUGGCGAUACCUCAGCCUUUGAGCUCACCUAUGCAGAGUCCAAGUAUGCUUUUAGCAACUACCAGAGCGAUGGAACUCUUCCUCUGGCUGCUACCAUGGACACCUACCGUGUGAAUCGAUACAAUAUCACGAAGCGCGAGACCUUUAGCAACCGUCUUGUCCAAGGAGCUUUCCGCUACCAGAAACUAAACCUCUCUUCACAUGGAGAAUUGCGUCUUAGAAAGAUUGGCGUGAAACCAACUGUUCACACCACGCCUCUCACCAAGCUUCCCGGAGGUUUCGAAUGCUCCGAUGAGGACUUGGACCGCAUCUGGCUCACCGGCGCCAGAACCGCUCAGCUUACUGAGAUUCCCAAGGACACUAUCCCCGACUUCUGGCAGGUGUCUAAAGAAGGAUCUCUUGUUGAGAGCUCGGCGCCUCAAGCUCUGGGUAGUGCUGCGGCCGCUCAGUUGACCACCUACCGGCUCGAUUUUCAGGUCAAGCCUGUCACUGGCGAGUUCAGCUUCUCUGUUCUGUCGGACACUCUCAACGAAGCCAUUAUUGUUACCUGCGAUGUAAAGACUGGUAAGGUCACAGCAACAGGUGCUUCAAAGGCUGGCUCUAUCCCUUCUUCUGCUGAUGUCAAGGUCGGCGAGUGGAUGUCUGUGCAUGCCAAGGUGAACAUGACUGAGAUCUCUAUCCUCGUCAAUAACAAGACUGUUCUCAACUUCAGCCAGACUGACAAGUUCUUCGGUUCCUUUGUUCUCGUUGCUCCUUUUGGUCACUCCGCUUACUUCCGCAACCUCAAAGCUGCGACUCUCGACGGUAUUGAGAUCUACUCUAACAACUUAACAGACCCUAGUCUCCUGAAGGACUUCUUCAUGGGAACGAACCCCGCCGAUACUAUCGUUGAUGGCUCCAAACGCGACCGCAUUGCCUAUACUGGUGAUCUCGACGUUGCGCUUGGCUCGACCUACGCCAGCACCUACGGCAAGACUUUCGUCGAGGGCUCUCUCGACCUUCUGGGCUCUUAUCCGACAACACCCGGAUUCUUCAUCCCAACGGCUAAGAUCCAGCAGGAGCCUCUCAAGGAACUUCUCGACGUCAACAUAACGGGUCUCAUUGGCUACUCUUUCAACUUCCUCAACGCGCUCGCUAAGAACUACGAGGUUCUGGGCGACAAGGAAUUUGCGAAAGAGUGGGCGCCUCGCACUACGGCAAUGUUGGACUGGGCGCACUCCCAGUUGAAGAAUGGUCUUUUUACUCUAGACAACCCUGCGUUCACUGGAGACUGGAACUACUACGAUCCUCCCCAGACCGGAGCGAGCUCCAAGUUCAACGCGCUCUAUACCUACAGCUUGCAGCAGACUUGGGAUCUCCUUAAAGCCGCUGGCGUCAACACCACUGUUUACCAGACUCGUCUCAACAACCUGCGUAAGGCCAUUCACUCUAACCACUGGAACAAUACCCUCCAGGCUUACGUUCUGUCCAACAAGAUCACCACUGGUUUCGCUCAGGACGCCAACGCCCUCGCUAUCCUCGCUGGCAUUCCCCAGAGCCACAACAUCUCAGCCACUUCUCUGCUCUCUACUAUGAACAAGGAACUUCAGCUCAAGGCUGGACCUCUGGCUUUCAGCAACGCUACCGCCAAGUCUGGUUUCGCUCAGAAGAUCAGCCCUUACGCUUCUGCCUAUCACCUCCGCGCAGCCUUCGAGUCCGACGACGAUACUGUUGACCCCGAUGGUACACCUGGUCUAGGAAUAAUUACCUCUCUCUGCCACGGCUGGGCUUCUGGACCUACUGCUGAGCUGAGUCGACAUGCCCUCGGUGUCCAAGCUGUUGAACCUGGGUACAAGAAGUGGGAUGUGAAGCCUUUAACUCUGGGUUUGGAGUGGGCCAAGGGUCGUGUUCCCACUGAGCAUGGAAACGUUGAGGUUGAUUGGAAGUUCAAGUCUGGUCUUCUGCAGAUGACUGUUAGUGGACCCAAGAAUGGUAACACAGAAGGUACUGUCUAUCUUCCUAGACCUCUGCCUACUUCUCUUGCGAAGAGUGUAAUAAAGGUGAAUGGCAAGAUUGUCAAUGGUAGCAAGUUCACUGUACCUUGUGGACAGAAGAUCACUAUCGAGCAGACCCAAGCUUAA